CGCGGAGGGGCGCGGGCGGGCGGCCGCUGGGGGUGGCGGGAUAGACAGGGCGCGGCCGGUGGUGCGCUCGGUGCUGUCCAGGUCCCUGCGGUGCCCGGGGGCCCUCCGUCCAGCUGGCGCCAUGGGCAAUUGCCACACGGUGGGGCCCAACGAGGCGCUGGUGGUUUCAGGGGGCUGUUGUGGUUCUGACUAUAAACAGUACGUGUUUGGCGGCUGGGCCUGGGCCUGGUGGUGUAUCUCCGACACUCAGAGACUGUCUCUGGAGGUUAUGACCAUCCUGUGUCGCUGUGAGAAUAUUGAGACGUCGGAGGGGGUCCCGCUAUUCGUAACAGGGGUUGCACAGGUGAAGAUCAUGACGGAGAAGGAGCUGCUGGCGGUGGCCUGUGAGCAGUUUCUGGGCAAGAAUGUGCAGGACAUCAAGAACGUCGUCCUGCAGACCCUGGAGGGGCACCUGCGCUCCAUCCUCGGGACCCUGACCGUGGAGCAGAUUUAUCAGGACCGAGACCAGUUUGCCAAGCUGGUGCGGGAGGUGGCGGCCCCUGACGUCGGCCGCAUGGGCAUCGAGAUCCUCAGCUUCACCAUCAAGGACGUGUAUGACAAAGUGGACUAUCUGAGCUCUUUGGGCAAGACGCAGACCGCUGUGGUACAGAGAGAUGCAGACAUCGGGGUGGCCGAGGCCGAGCGGGACGCAGGCAUCCGGGAAGCGGAGUGCAAGAAGGAGAUGCUGGAUGUGAAGUUCAUGGCAGACACCAAGAUUGCCGACUCCAAGCGAGCCUUCGAGCUGCAGAAGUCAGCUUUUAGUGAGGAGGUCAACAUCAAGACGGCCGAGGCCCAGCUGGCCUAUGAGCUGCAGGGCGCCCGGGAGCAGCAGAAGAUCCGGCAGGAAGAGAUUGAGAUCGAGGUUGUACAGCGCAAGAAGCAGAUUGCAGUGGAGGCGCAGGAGAUCCUUCGCACAGACAAGGAGCUGAUUGCCACGGUGCGCCGCCCUGCUGAGGCUGAGGCCCACCGCAUACAGCAGAUCGCCGAGGGUGAAAAAGUGAAGCAGGUCCUCCUGGCGCAGGCAGAGGCUGAGAAGAUCCGCAAGCUCGGGGAGGCGGAGGCAGCGGUCAUUGAGGCAAUGGGCACAGCAGAGGCUGAGCGGAUGAAGCUCAAGGCCGAGGCCUACCAGAAAUACGGGGACGCUGCCAAGAUGGCGCUGGUGCUGGAGGCCCUGCCGCAGAUUGCUGCUAAAAUCGCCGCCCCCCUGACCAAAGUUGAUGAGAUUGUGGUCCUCAGCGGGGACAACAGCAAGGUGACAUCAGAAGUCAACCGGCUGCUGGCCGAGCUGCCAGCCUCCGUGCACGCCCUCACAGGUGUGGACCUGUCCAAGAUACCCCUGAUCAAGAAGGCCACUGGUGCACAGGCGUGAGGCUCCCGAAGGCCUGCACCCUUCAGCAGCCGUUUUCCUACCACAGCGACAACAGGAACGUUACUGACUCUGGUGCCUUAUUUCGUAGGGACCAGAAGUGCUGCGUGCUCAGGCCUUCUCUGGCUGUCUUCCCUCCUCUCCUGUCUCUGGCUGUGUGCUCUCAGUUCUCUCCUUCCCACACCUUCACAUUCACUGCCACAUCCAUCUGGCUCGUCUCUUCGCCCUCGUCUCCCAUCUCCCCUGACGUUUCUCCCUUUGUCGUUUUCUCUCCCUCUCUUUUCCCACCCUCUACACACAUCAUGUAGUUCGAGCUGAAUACGUUUAUUAUAAUCACUGUCUCGUCUGUGGGGGGCGGUGGCCCUGCUGCCUCUCUGAAUCCUGGUGCCUUGAAGUUCUCUGUGCAUCUGGCCAUCCUCCCCGUGGCCCUUGCCAAGACUCGGCAUGGGUGUGGCGGGUCUGGGUUGGAUGGCCCCCCUCCCCUCUCCUGGCCUGGUCUUCCCAGCCCCAAGCCCUACCCAGGAAGUCCCCAGCCUCACCCACGCCCGAGCCCCUAGGCCUCGCUGGCCACCGCCCUCCCCAGCCCUGCACUCGCACCUUCCCUCUCUCUCCCUACCUAGGGGCACAGAGGCAAGGCCUCCUGUCUAUAGCAGCUCCCUCAGUUCACUACUGCCUUAGGAGGCCCCUGCUUGUGCUCAGGGAAGUCCCCUUCACGGACAUGUCCCUACGAGGUGGAGUAGGGCUCAGCCCCAACUCUGUUAAGCCUUUCUGGGAUCAGGGUCUAGCCCUGUUGGGGACUAGAAGGUGUGUAGACCCUCUUCCUGCUAGGCCCGCGCUGUCCCAGGUAUGGGGCCAGGCCCUUCCAGUGGGCAUGACUGCACCAACCCCAUGCAGAAUCGAGUGCUGUAGAUUGGCCAGACUCUAUACCCUUUGUGCCAUCUCUCUUCUGACCAGAGUGAUAGGGUUCCAGCCAUGGGGAAGCAGCUCAGCCCUCUGUCUCCUGGCUCUAGUGGAGACAGAAGAACCCAGAGCCCAAGCGUCAUGGUGGGGGUGCUGUGGGCAUCCGAUGGUCCCCGUCUCCCACUUCUGGCUCUGCCCCAGCCUGUGUAGCUGUUCUGCAUGUGGAUGCUGCAUGUCUGGUCUGGGGCUUGGAUGCUGCACUGCCCCACUGCCUGUCCCUUCUAGUAAAAUAAAGAUCUGUUAUGCCUACA